UUAUCAUAAUUAAAGCUCAAAAGAAAAACAGCAGAGAAUGCACGGCCAAAUUUCACAAGAUACACAAGUUGGGGUGCCUGCUAGCUUGGUGUGGGAUGUCUACGGUGGCCUUGAGGUCGGGAAGCUCGUCGACGAGCUACUGCCCGAUGUGAUUGGCCGGGUGGAAGUUGUUGAAGGUGAUGGCGGUGUUGGAACAAUCAUCAAGCUUACCUUUCCACCAGGAACUCCUGGAGCAAGCUAUUUGAAGGAAAGAUUUACAGUAAUUGAUGAUAACAGGCGUAUAAAGGAAACAGAGGUUUUUGAAGGAGGAUAUAAAGACAUGGGGUUUCAUCUUUACCGGAUUCGCCUUGAGAUCAUUGAGAACGGCACUGAAUCAAGUGUUGUCAGAUCAACCAUAGAGUAUGAAGUAGAUGACAACUUUGCUGAGAAUGCUUCUCUUGUCUCCACUAAGUCACUUGAAACUAUUGCAGAAGUUGUUGGGAGGUAUUUAACUGAGAAGAAAGCCACUGCUCAAUCAGAAUCAAGAAGCCAUGAACACCAUGCUUAGCCAUCUAAGAACAGAUUAAGAAAUAAACAAUUGGGCUUAUUUCUACAGAUCUAUGAGUAAGAUGAAUGGUACAUCGAUCUGUGUAAUAGCUUGCUAAAGCAGGGAAUUCUUCUACAUGAUAUAGUAGCCACCACAUGCACCUCUCAGUGGCCAGUGUUAGAAUAUUUUAUAUUCUAUAAACUAAGCUUUCUUUCUAGGAUUUAUUCUCAUUAGAGAGAGAUCAUUGUAAUAUAGUUGACAUAUACUUCAAUACAAUAUGUAGACCAAAGGCUUCAUCAGUCUCUUUCUCUA